GAGAGGGAGGCACUGAAGGAAUAGAGAGAGAGAAAUAUAUAUAUAUAUAUAGAGAGAGAGAGAUGAGCACUGCAGAGAGAGAGAGAAUCACUAGAGGAGUUGCGUUUGGAGAGAGGGAGGCACUGAAGGAAUAAAGAGAGAGAACGCGGAAAGGGCCAAAGAAAAGACGAGAAAGAAGAGAGGAGGAAAUAGUAAAUAAAUCAGGACUAUCGUUUAUUUUGUCUACGUAACGUGAAGUUAUCAGUAGAAAACGGACAAGUCAACCGCUUUUUCAGACGUUUUUACAACACCACGAGGACACAGACGGGAGAACCGCAUGGAAUAUUUUCUCUUUGUACUGAACAGGACACUCUUAGCUGUAUUUUUAUACGACGAAUUGUCACAGUGGAAAUAAGACCAUUUUAUAGUCUAUUUUUGAUGGUGAUUUUGAUUUGGAAACCACGAAGUGAACCUAAUGCCAUGCUCUUUUGCAAAGAAAGGAACAAUAGCGUAACAGAGACUUGACUCGGUACAUUUUCUAUCUGCUCCUGUAGAACCGCGUUAACGAACACGCCGAACAAUACAAAAUCAACGCGAAUAAAUUCGCUCAGCCAACAGGACUUCCAGGAUCUUCUUCAGCCGACAGACCAUGGCUGCGGUUACCAGCCCAGAGACGAGUCCUCAACCCCGGGUAUAUUUCCAGACGGCGGCUGCCGGUUCCACCGAAGAACCGGAGACCCCUGUUCGGAAGCAAGGGCGAGUAACCGUGAAAUAUGACCGAAAAGAAUUGAGAAAGAGACUGAAUCUGGAGGAAUGGAUAAUCGAUCAGCUAACGGAUCUUUACGACUGUGAGGAAGAGGCCAUACCAGAGUUGGAGAUAGAUGUGGAUGAGCUGCUGGACAUGCCUAGCGAUGACGACCGAGGAGCCAGAGUUAAAGAUCUGCUGAUAGACUGUUACAAACCUACUGAGGACUUUGUGUCUGAUCUGCUGGAUAAGAUUCGUGGCAUGCAGAAACUCACCACCCCCCAGAAGAAAUAACCUCACCCCUUUCUCCUCCUUCAGCCCAAAUGGCCUUCCCCCACCCUCAACCUCACCCAACUGAAGAAAUAGGAGCAUUGCCUCCUCAGAGAUGGCGGGAGGAGGAGGAGAAGAGAGUGGAGUAGAGGGACGAAGAUAAAGAGAAUAGAGGGUGGAAGAGGAGGAGAGAAGAUUGAAGCAGCCAAUCAGAUCUAAGCAGGGCUCAUGAUGUCCUAUCCUGUGGUUUUAUUUUAAUGUUUUAUUUAGUUGAAUCUUAUUUUUAGUUUUUUUUAAAAGGGGUUUGUAUAGUUGUUAAAUGAUCAAUGGAUCUGUGCUAUUUCUCAUGUUAAUGUGAUGCCAGUGAACAGAGCAUACUAUAAUGUGGCUGUACGUUUAGUAGUGGUGAGUUUUAGUCCCAAAUGGUAACUUAUCUUUUGUAGUCCACUACUUCUAACCAGGGCUCUGGUUGUGGACUAGGUGAUAGGGAGCCAUUUUGGCUCUGGUUGUGGACUAGGUGAUAGGGAGCCAUUUUGGCUCUGGUUGUGGACUAGGUGAUUGGGAGCCAUUUUGGCUCUGGUUGUGGACUAGGUGAUUGGGAGCCAUUUUGGCUCUGGUUGUGGACUAGGUGAUUGGGAGCCAUUUUGGCUCUGGUUGUGGACUAGUUGAUAGGGAGCCAUUUUGGCUCUGGUUGGGGACUAGGUGAUAGGGAGCCAUUUUGGCUCUGGUUGUGGACUAGGUGAUUAGGAGCCAUUUUGGGACGUAACCUUUCAAGUUUUAGGACUGACUCCUGUGUAUAAUACAUUUAAAUGUCAGUCAUUUAUCCGAUGCUCUUAUCCAGAGCGACUUAUAGGAGCGAUUAGGGUUUAAGUGCCUUGCUCAAGGGCACAUCGGCAGAUUUUUUUUCACCUAGUCGGAUCGGGGAUACAAACCAACAGCCUUUCUGUUAUUGGUCCAAUGCUCUUAACCAAUAGGAUACCUGCUGCCCUAUACGCAGCUCCGUGUGUGUUUAACGUGUGUGUGGUCUGGAACACACACACACACACACACACACACACACACACACACACACACACACACCGGGGGACUUGAACAAAGUGGCCUUGUUUCUUUCUAGCUCUAUAUUUCUCUGUCUUCUUCUUCUUCUUCUUCUUCUCUAAAACAGUUUAUUUUCUCUCACAUAGUGUGCAGUCUAAGGGCUAUUUUCAGUGAGGAGAGUUUUCAGUAGAGCAGUAAACCAAUGAGGGGUGAGAUGGGAGGAGGGAGUGAAGGCAGGGCAAGCAAAGUGAGGGGGGGGGCACUGUAGUUGGAAAACUAUGGCUGUCUGGAUGCUUUUAUCCAAAUAGCAACACACACACACACACACACACACACACACACACACACACACACACAGGAAACAGCAGUAACACAGUCACAGACCACAGCUGCUGCUCCUUCAUGCUCACAUGUUAAUAGUGGCUCUCUCUCACACACACACACACACACACACACACACACACACACACACACACACACACACACACACACACACACACACACACACACACACACACACACAGGAAACAGCAGUAACACAGUCACAGACCACAGCUGCUGCUCCUUCAUGCUCACAUGUUAAUAGUGGCUCUCUCUCCAACACACACACACACACACACACACACACACACACACACACACACAUGGGAAGGGGGGGGGUGAAAAACCUAAUCAUCGAGAGAUAAAUUGAGCGACAUGGAGAGAGAGAAUCAGAGGUCUUACCCUUCCUGGCUCACAAGGCCUCAGUGUUGCUUAUCAGCUCUCUUAUCUGUCCUCACACACACACACAUCUCUCUAUUUGGCCCUCACUCCUUCCUUCUUCUCUCUCCUUCCUUCUUCUCUCUCCUUCCUUCUUCUCUCUCCUUCCUUCUUCUCUCUCCUUCCUUCUUCUCUCUCCUUCCGUUCUACUUCCAACAAUCAUCUACACCGAUGACACCUUCCCUUCCUCCAUCUCUCUUUUUAAAAAUAUUUGAUUUUAUUUUAAUUAGGGCUCUAUUCAAUCCGCAUCGUGGAAGUGCAGCUUUACGGCGUGUCUGAAAGGUGACGUUUCCGUGGAGACCUCAUUCACCGGUAAAACCUGUAUAUGUCGAGUCAAGUCGGAAAUGACCUUGACAUUUCUAUCACGGCGUUUUAAGGUUUUUUUUCCAGAUCGAAUAAAAAGCCGACGUUGCCUUUUUGGCCUUUAUUUAUGUUACAAACCAAAUAGAACGAGACUUUAAUUUUUAAUGGAACAAUGUGUUUGUUGUUGUUAAUGUUUCUCCUCUUGUUAAAAAGGAGAUCCUAUUGUUGUUUAGAAAAUAGGUCAUGUAGAGGUCACCUAGAGGUCAUUUAUAUCUCUACACUGCAUUCUUGAGAUGCACAUAUCUAUUCUAGGUCAAUUUUUACUGUGUUUAUUAUUAUUGUUAUUAUUAUUAUUAAGCGUGUGUGUGUCCCAAAUGGCAUCCUAUUCCCUAUAUAGUGAACUACUUUAGACCAGAGCACUAUGUGGGCCCUGUGAUAAGACUGCCGUCCUUUCCAGGGUGUACUUGUACAUCCGCCUCACAGGACAUGAAACAGGCUCAUAUGUUCUGACUCUGACAUGGCGACUUACUUACCCAUAAGUCUGUGGUCUAACGUAGUGCAGUGUGUAGGGGAAUAAAGAAGCUAUUGGAGACGUAGCCCUGAUAGACUGUUUGUUGGGUGUGUCGGACUUAUUUUACUGUAUGACAACUUGCAAAAAAAACCUGCAAAAAAAUACAAAAAAAAAAAAGAUAUUUUAUUGAUUAAAAUAAAUGCUGUUUUAGAAGUGAUGUGUUUCUGGAGGAAAAGAUGAACAAACUGAAAGACAAAAAUGUAGCAAUAUCAACAGGGUCUUGUUAUUUACCAAUUUUGUUACACUUUUAUGCAACUUUAAUAAAAAUAUGUUGAAACGAA